AGGUUGUUUGCAGUUCCUACUGGUAUGGUUAGUAUUCCUGUUCAUUUGGUCGAUCCCUAUUAUCCUGAUUGAGUAUGGUACCGGUCGAUACACCAAGAAGGGUCCUAUAUCUUCAUUCAAAGAGCUUGCAGGGCCAAAGAGUGCAUGGGCUGGGGGUUGGAUUGCAAUCAUCAACUUAGGAAUAGGUGGUUACUACUGUGUAAUACUUGGCUGGUGCAUUUAUUAUCUCUUCUUUUAUGUGAGUCAUGAUCUACCUGGAAACUAUAAUGAAAGUUACUCAACUUUUUACAGCUUUACAAAUCUAUAUUUCUAACACAGAAUGAACUUGCCAGAAGACAACAAGAUAGACAACGGUUAUCCAUGUAUGAUAUUCCAGAGGACACAUUUCGGAGGAAUUAUCGUCUGGGAUUCAAUGAUUUCAGAUUUCUUUGCGAUCUCGUAAGAAAUGACAACGUCUUUCAAAGGUCUCGAGAAAACACACUCACCGUCGAGCUACAAAUGGCAACCACACUUCGGUUUUUGGCAAGCGGCAGCUUUCAGAAUGUAGCUGGCGAUGUAGCUGGGAUAUGUCAGAGCUCACAGAGCCGCUCGAUUGCCGCUGUCACUGAUUCCAUAUCUGCAAGAGCGGGUGACUUCAUCAAUUUUGGAGGCAUGGGUCAUCUGCCUCCAAAAAGGCAUCAUUUGCCGUGAUGGCCCAGAUGCGGAACACUCUAGGUUGCAUAGACUGCACGCAUAUCGCCAUCCGAGCGCCCAAAGAGAACGAGCAUCUGUACGUUAAUCGAAAGGAUCGACAUUCGAUCAACAUGCAAGCUAUCGUUGACCAACAGAUGCAUUUGACGAACAUCGUCAUCCGAUGGCCGGGCUCAACACAUGAUGCGUUCAUUUGGGACAACAGUCAAGUGUACAACGAUUUUCGAGAAGGUCAAAUCGCUCCUGGUUGGUUGUUGGGUGACAGCGGAUAUCCCCUUCAACCUUGGCUGCUCACUCCAAUCCCAAGGCCAGCGAACCCUGCAGAAGUGCGGUUCAAUAGAAGUUUGACGAAGACACGAGUGUGUGUAGAGAGGGCCUUUGGUCUACUCAAGUCACGAUUCCGUUGCCUAGAUGAUUCCGGAGGUAUAUUGUGCUACCCCAUCGAAAGAACAUGCAAAAUUAUUAUGACCUGCUGUGUUCUCCACAAUGUAUGCAUCGAGAGACGGAUUCCCCUACCCGGAAUGGAAGAAGAGUUGAAUGAAGAGAACAUCGCUGAUGAACACUUCAAACCUCAACAUGUGAACAACCAUCAUCGUGGAGGACUUGAAGCUCGGAAUAGACUAGUUACAACUUGGUUCGCCCAGUGAACAUUAUCCUCUUACCGGUAUCGUUGCUCCUCAAGGAUGAACCUACGCUGCUCUAGUGCCAAACGAUCCUUUUCGACCUGCAGUCUCUCCUGCUCAAUCUGAAGGUGUUCUCGCUCGAUACUCAACCAUUGCUCCCAAGUGGACUCGAAGUCAUGGAUGUCUCUUCCCUUUGCACUGUUCGUGCGUCUUCUCUUUGGAGUGUCACCUUCUUCAGGGGAAUGCUUUUCAUCAGGAGACAAUGUCGAUUGGCUUAGUCCUGGUUCUGAAUUUAAUGUACACUCGGCAAAAAAAGUUCUUGGACACUUAGAAAACUAAAAAAUUUCAUAUAGAUAUUUGAUUAAAGGCAAAUUAUUGUAUGUCAACAUGACCAGACAAUAUUCCUCUUCUAGUAUGACAUGACAUAUUCAUGUUAACAGUCAUGCAUGGGCGGUUAAAUGCUUUAAACAAUAGAAAUGUCAGUAAAAGAAAAUUGCAAGAAAUGGACCAUUCAAAAGCUAAGGUUCAUGGCCAUCCUGUAGGCAUACAUUCAACAAUUUCAACAGGGGGUUGUUCCCAUCGAGCGAACAUUGUCCAAAUAUUUCUGGAUGACCACAAUGUUCAGCGCUUGGAUCCAUGGCCCGCUUGUUCACCAGACAUGAACCCGAUUGAACACUUGUGGGAUCAGCUAGGAAAAUCGGUCAAUCAAAGAAUUCAACCAGGAGACACUCUUUUAGAUGUCCGGCGUUAUCUCCUGGAAGAAUGGGACAAAAUCACCCCAGAGCAAAUUCGCCGACUUGUGACAAGCAUGCGACGUCGAUGUGCUGCACUCAUUCAGAGCCAGGGUGGAUAAACGAAAUAUUAAAUUUUAUUCUUCUUAUGCCAAGAUACUGAAAUUUGACAUUUUUUUCAUCGACUAACUUUGACUUAAAAUUCAAGUGGAAUAGUGAUGCACCCAAGGUGGAUAACUUUCUCUUCUCUUUUAGAGUGGUAUUUGACUUUAAGUUUGCUUUUAUCAUUUAAUGGAUAUUUAUGCCACAUAAACUUUCACAACUGAAAGAAUGACUGAUCGUUUUAUUGCAAUUUUCUUUUACUGACAUUGCUAUUGUUUAAUGCCUGUAACCAGCCAUGCACUGACUGAUCCAUUUCUUGCAAUUUUCUUUUACUGACAUUGCUAUUGUUUAAAGUAUUUAACCGCCCAUGCAUGACUGUUAACAUGAAAAUGUCAUGUCAUACUGGAAGAGAAAUAUUGUCUGGUCAUGUUGACAUACAAUAAUUUGCCUUUAAUCAAAUAUCUAUAUGAAAUAUUUUAAGUUUUCUAAGUGUCCAAGAACUUUUUUGCUGAGUGUAUAUAGAGAUAUGAUUAAUUAAGAUCAUUAGAAGAAUUAUUGUUUGCCAUUUAAAGAAAUGGAAACAAAACUUUCUUUUCUAGUUAUUUAUGUUAAAGCAGAAUUUAUUCAUCAAAGUGAAGGAAAUACAUACACUUGCAGCAUUAAAUGCUGCAAACGCCAUACGCAACAGCUAGCUAUAAGCUAUGUAUUGUUUUUUUUUCAUGAACUUGUUUCAUCAUAAGAAGUGUGGAAGAUAUGCAUAGAAAGGAAGAGUGAUGGGGAGAUGAAAACUGGAGAGGGCAGAGAGAGAGAAAAAAAGAAGAAGAAGAGGAGGGUUUUUGAGGGGGUUUAGAUAUGGAUUUGGUCCGAACAAGACUUAAGAGAACGAGGUACAAAUAAUAAUUGUUGUCUCAAGGGUAUCCCAGCUGAAUAUGAUUUGAAUAGAAAGACCAUUGAAAGACCAAUGAUGUACAUGUAACUCUGCUAAAGUUAUGGGAAGCUGAACAUUUCAAAUCAUUGUUUACAUUAUACAUGUUUCUUAUAUUUAAAUGGUGAAAAAAUAUUUAAAAAGUAUUUCGGUUAUUAAUCCCAUAGUUAUGAAUGAAAUGGACACCAAAUGUCUCUCUAUUUACUGUUCCAGUUUAGUGUCACAUGCAAUUGGCUUUCCCUAUUUGACCCACAACUUUCCCGAAUUUAGGCCCGAGCUUAAAUUAAACCCGAGUUCAAAAAAUGGUCCACAGACUAAAAUAAAAAUCAAAACAAUGAUGUCAAUUUUAUAAAAAUUGCGGAAAGAAUAUCAAAAAGUUUCGUAAGAGGAUAAAGAAUUACAUAAUCUACAGUUAAAGGAAAUUUCUGAACAGAGAGCAAAGUCAAAGUCAUCUUCUAAAAGAUUAAAUUAAAUAACGAAUAAAAAACAAUGACUCACCGCUUGCAACUUGAAUUCGGUCAGAUGCUAGCUUGGCCAAUGUAUGCAAUGUAUCAAGGGCAUUUUGGACUGGAUCCUGUGGUUUGGAGGAAGGCGUUUCCAUCCCACCAACAAAGCCACUAAUAGCAUCAUCACCUAUGAAGGAUUGGAGCAGGAGCAGGACCACCUCCGGUUCUAUUUGAGUCUCUCUUUCUAGCCGCUGCCUUCUUCAUUGCUUUGCUUUUUUCAAUGGUGAACUUUCUCCUAACCUCUUCGGGAGUUCUUCCCCUUCCUGCAACCACAGACACCUCUGCCACCAUCCCUCAUGCAUUGUUCUUCAUUUGAUUGGUUAAAGAAGAUGAUAUCGGCUUUUGGAUGAAUCCUCUCUUGCGAUUACUUCGCUGGUGAGAGUCUCCACCUCAUCUGUCGAGUAAUUAUCGUGUCUCUUCUUCUCCAUGGCAUACAAUUGUUUUUUGUUUUUUUUUAACUCAACGAAUUUGUAUGCACAAUACCAAUAAACUAGUGACACAUGCCACUCCCACGUGGGUGUCUCUUGAUCAUUAAUUAUUUGCGCAACCGCACGCAGUGGCGUAUUGAAUAAAAAAGUGUUACGCAACAUUUUCCUACAGCUUUGCUAUUGGUUGAAGGGGCUUUCACAGGGAACUAACGGUUAUUUUGAUUGGCUGUCUGUGAAAAUAUGGGCGGGUACUUAGAAAGAUAUGACAGAGAAAUGACAAUGUUCAGAAUACCGAUUUGUGACAAUCAUAGCAGUGUCAUAUCUUGGGGAGAAAUUACAAAAGUUAUGACAGAGUUCCAGAAUACCGCCCCCGGUCUAUUAUUUGGACCAGUGGGGGGAAGAAUUAAUUGUAAAAUCAAUUAGAUAGUUUUCAGGUAAAGUUAUCUUGUUUUUCUUGAGACACACAAAAAACUGCAUUGAAAAACUUUAAACAAAAAAAACAAAAUAAAAAACAGCUUAAACAAUCCUGUUACGGACAUAUGUGAUAAACUGUCCAAUCUCAUUUUCAUUUGUCUUUCUUUUGCCAUUUUGUGACUUGGGAUUCUGACACCGAUUGAUGUGAGGGGCUCUAUAGCCGCUCUGUGAUUGGACCAAUCUCUUAAUUAUUAACAUGUGCUUAGGAAGAUUAUUGGAGCUAGAAUGUGUAAAAAUAUUGUUCAUAUUGACUAAAUGGAAUUUGUGCAGUGCCCUUGUAAGUUUGAUAAGUUUCUUUUGAAACUCAGCUUAUAUAGUUCGUGACAAGUGAAAAAAAGGAGACGAAUUGAAUACAAUGAUUACAGGGAUUUUAUGAGUACUUUGCUCCUACAUAUUUUGUAUACUUCUUGUACCUCUUUGUGUGAAUACCGGCCCUGUUUUCUUCUGUUGUUUUGGGGUGGUUUUUUUUUUUUUUUGGGGGGGGGGGGGGGGGUCAUAUACACAGGAAACAUGUCAAUCCUUCAUGGAAGCAAAUUCUGGAAAUAUGAAAGUGCAUUGAUGCUUGACAUUUCAGGAUGUUUAAUGUUGUAUACUGUUCAGUUUUCUAAUCCUCUUUGUUUUUUGUGUGUAGUUUCUUUUUUGUUUUGGCUGUGCUUUUCUACAACCUAUGAAUUUUUGUCUCGCCCACCAGAGGUGAAGGCGAGACUUGGGGAUCCUAAUGUCGUCCAUCCGUCCGUCGUCCGUCCAUCACAAACCUUAUGACACAUAACUCCGCAACCGUAAGUCACUUUUCAACCAAACUUGGAUGGUAGAUGGACUUGGGGGACCUGCAUGUAAUGCUGCAGUCUGGGGUCACAUGGUAAGGUCAAAGGUCAUUUUCAGGUCAAUGUUAAAGUUUACAUGCAAGACUCUCUUAUGACACCUAACUCUGCAAUUGUAAGUCACUUUUCAAGCAAACAUGGGUGGUAGAUUGACUUGGGGGACCUGCAUGUUUUGCUGCAGUCUGAGGUCACAUGGUAAGGUCAAAGGUCAUGUUCAGGUCAACGUUAAAGUUUACAUGCAAGACUUUCUUAUGACACCUAACUCCGCAACCGUAAGUCACUUUUCAACCAAACUUGGAUGGCAGAUGUACUUAGGGGACCUGCAUGUUAUGCUGCAGUCGGAGGUCACAUGGUAGGGUCAAAGGUCAUUUUCUGGUCAAUGUUAAAGUUUUGGUGCAAGACUCUUAUGACACAUAACUCUGCAACCGUAAAUCACUUUUCAGCCAAACUUGGAUGGUACAGUGUAGAUGUACUUGCGGGACCUGCAUGUUAUUGUUUUGUGAGGUCACAUGGUAUGGUCAAAGUUCAUUUUGAAGUAAACAUUAAACUUUACGUGCAAGACUCUUAUGACAAGUGUUAUUCCAUCCCAGUCAUUUCACAAUGAAGUUUCGAUACAAUUCUGUUGCGUGCACUCGCAAACCACAUGAUAUUUCUGGUUUGUUUACAGAGUACACUAUAAAUGAUUAAUAAUACAUUACAUUAUUAUGAGAGCAGGAAUUCUGAAUUGUUGCUAUAUCAUUUUUAAAUUAUAGAUGGCCUAUAUACAAUCAAAAUACAUAUUACUUUACUUACAUAUUAAGAAGUGUCAACAGAAGAUACACU